GCGUGGCCAUGGACGGGGUGCAUCUGGAAGAGAGCGUGCUGGACAUGCUGGCUAGCCGGAGUGAGAGGACGCUGUUGGGGGAGUCGUGUGUCACGCCCUCGCAGCUAAUGGACGUCCCUGAGAUAUAUCUAACGCGUUGAGACACUGUGCCAAGAUAAGGAGUAGGAUGGGCUGAUUGGCUGGCCCUGGCCCUGGCAUGAACCAAUCAAGUGACAACACCCAACCUCUUCCUGCAGACGGCACAUCACCAGAGAACGGCAAUGAUCGACAGAUAAGUAGAUCUUUACAGAACCUGACGUCAAACACGAGCCAUGAUGGGAACGACACUGGAACACGAGCUCAGAAGCACAGGCGGACUCAGUCGCAAUCGGUUGUUUCUCCAACAAAUGGGAAUUUCCUGACUGUGCCGGAACUACAUUCCGGCGCAAAUGGUGGGCGUCAGGCGGACAGUGGAGAUGAUGAUACGUACAUUGUCGUCCGUGACAAUGCCGUAGACAUCGAUGACAUCUAUGGUGGAAAGGAAAAGCUACCUCCUCGUCUUUUGGUUGUGUCCAGCAAGAUAAGGAACAGUGCCAUCAUCCGCAAUGCCAUCCACAGCAACAUCACCUACGUCCAGUACAACUACGACACCAUCACCCUCGACGAGCUGCGCAAUCUGAUCGGGCAGACGCUCGGCGGGAAGAAGGUCCACAGUGUCGCCCUGAUCCUCAGCUGCUCCAACCAUGCCAACUCCGCCAUAUACCUCUGCUCCAAGGACGAUCGGGUGUUGAGCAAGGAAAGCUACAGUGACCAGUCAGCCAUUCAGGACUUCUUCACCAUGAUAGUGAAACAGCACAUGGACUGUACACAGACAGGCACCAGACUGGACUUCCUGGCUUGUACAGUGUAUCAGCAUGGAGACAUCAGGCAGCUACUGGAGGACAUGACCGGGGUCCUGGGGGUGCCUGUGUCGGCCUACAAGGACUUUGCUGCUGUAGACUCAGGCAUGAAGAGAAGCGAGGAAAACCUCCGAGUCAGCAGUGUCGGAGAGAUGUAUUUCCGCCUGGAAAAGCUAAGGAACUGGAGUGGUCGACAUCAACAGACUCUUGCUGGAUUCGAGAAGAUCAGGACUGUCGGCAAAGGAGCGUACGGGGCGGCAGUGCUGUAUAAGAAGAAGGAUGACGACUACCUGGUGAUCCUCAAGGAGAUAAACAUGCACGACCUGAAUGCUGCCGAGCGCCAGCUCGCACUCAACGAGGUCAACGUCCUUGCGAUGCUGGACCACCCCAACAUCAUCAGCUACUACGACAGCUUCGAGGAGGAUGGAGUGCUCAUGAUCGAGAUUGAAUAUGCCGACGGAGGGACACUGGCCCAGUUUCUGUCAUCCCAGGAGAAAGCCCUGGAUGAGAAAGAUGUUCUGACGAUGUUCCAGCAGAUUGUGGCAGCCAUCAGACAUAUCCAUGAACACAAUAUCCUACACAGAGACUUGAAGACAGAUAACAUCUUCCUGACGAAGGAGGGGAUCGUGAAGGUCGGGGACUUUGGCAUAUCGAAGAUGAUGAGCUCCGCCCAGAAGGGGGCCCUCACAGUGCUGGGGACACCAUACUACAUCAGCCCCGAGAUGUGUGAAGGCAAGCAGUACAGCUUCAAGUCGGACAUCUGGGCUCUGGGCUGCAUCCUGUACGAGAUGGCCUGUCUGCAGAAGACAUUUGAAGGCUCCAACCUGCCUGCACUAGUCAACAAGAUCAUGAAGGGCCAGUUUGCUCCUGUGAAGGGUAAUUAUAGUCAAGGCUUCAAGGACCUGAUCAUGGAUAUGUUAAGCAAGGAGCCGGAGGAGAGACCGUGUGCCAAUGACAUCAUGUAUCAACAUGUACCAGAGUUGAUGAGCCAGUUUAAGGAAGAGACGUCUGACCCUGAAGAAGAGCUCAUGAUGUCAACAGAAAAUAUCAGCAAAAAAAUCAAAAUCAGUCCAAAAAGAAUGGAAAAAAGGUCGGUGCUCUACUACAUGGAAUCAGCCACCGGUAACCUGACAUGUUUCACAGACCUGCCGCCCAGAAUGAAGAUCAGACAGAUGGCAGUAGGCCCGGACCAUGUCAUCGUCGUGACAACAGAACGGCAAGUGUUCACAUGGGGUGAAGGGUCGAAAGGUCAACUUGGACAUGGCGACACAACAAGUCGAUCUCGGCCAGAACUAGUAGAUGCCUUGAAGGGGAAGUCCAUAUCAAUGGCCUGCUGUGGGGAUGGCUUCAGUCUGUUCACCAGUGACAAUGGACUCGUGCUCACCUGUGGUGAUGGGUCGAAGGGUUGUCUUGGACAUGAUGAUUGGUCGUCCACCUCCAAACCACGCCUCAUUGAGAAUCUGCUCAGUGUUGACGUAGUUGCGCUGGCAUGUGGACCAAGUCACGUAGUUGCUGUAGGCAGUGAGGGGGAAGUCUAUGCAUGGGGGGACAACAGCUCCGGACAGCUGGGCCUUGGCAACGAAAUCAGUCAAUGUCAGCCAGAGGAGGUAUCUAUCUCGGAGCCGGUGGUGUUCCGCGACGUGCGCUGUGGCAACGAUGGAACCAUGCUUCUGUCUGACGUCGGCAGCGUGUUUGCCUGCGGAAGUAACGAGAACAAUAAGCUUGGUCUCAACAACAGGCAGGGCUUUCUCAUGGCCAUGAAGAAUAUCUUCACUAAGACGGAGGUCGAAGGACGUAACGUGCUAACUCCGGUGAGGGCGUUGGCACGACACCGCGUCCUUGACAUCUCUAUCGGCCCGCAUCACACGGCUGUACGGGUAGCAUCGGGACACGUGUAUACGUUCGGGCGUAACACCGAGGGUCAGUUAGGCAUCGGGAACACCAAGGCGUCCAAUACCCCUGUGGAGGUGAAGCCACUUCAGGACAAGUGUGUCAAUCGGAUCCAGUGCGGGGAACACUUCACGGUGGCCAGUACACGCGACCAUGAGUUGUACUACUGGGGGCUGAGAUUCAAGAUGCCAUCCCAGCAGGCAGUAGAGGACAACACGAGUCGGUCCAGCACCAACGGAAGUAUCACCAACGUGUCCUCCAGUGUCAUCUCGAAAGACGACAUUCGGCUAGAGAGUAUCACACCUAGAAAAGCCUCUGCCUCCAACUCGCGGACACACAGCUCGGCCAGUGUCAACAGCCUCAACAGCGGGAAGGAACAACAGACUGUGUCCGGUCAAGAUGGUAGUGCUGCUGGUCCUGACGCAGAUGCUGUGAAAGCUGGUGAAGAUGUCGCCCCAACGACGCCGAGUCGACAGACAAGUUGUGACAGUGUCUUGUCUGCAGCUAACGACAGCGGUGUGCCCACAACACCACAAGAAGAAUUCAACCCAGGCUUCAGGCCUCUGAGCAGUGUACCCCGCCGGUCAACCAGCGCCAGUAGCCGGGAGAACUUAAAAGAGAAAGACAAGGAGAAGGAAAGAGAGAAAGGAGAGAGGGAGAUCAUGAGAGAUGACUGCGUCGUUCUUCUGGAGCCGGUAGAGAUCAUCAGGAUAGAACAGGUGAAUGAGAAGGUGUUGCUGGGAAACUUCUUCUGUCAUGGGGAGAAUCUGUUUGUCCAACUUGAGACAACCGCGCCGCCACCACGACGCAAGGCACUGAAGAAACGCAGCCUCAGGAAGCGCUCCAGGAACAAGCCUCAGAGUGAGUCGAGCGACUCCCAGCAACACACGGCCUCCAGCAGGGAGGGUGGAGAUGACUACUCCUCCGAGGCCUCCGACUCCAGGGGAUCUAUACCGACAUGGCUGCGUGAGGAACUGGUCAGUCUAGAGGUGGACGGCAACGAUGGGAAUGAGGCAGAUGACACAAGCGACCAAUCAGAGGAUGAGAUGAGACUCAUUGACAGCUCCAUGUCCAGCAUACAGAUCAACAGAGAACUCACCCCUGUGAAGACGGUAGAUAAGCUGACUCCAAGGCUGGGCCUGAGCAAUAAGAGGUCGGGGGAUGAACAGACACCGCGGAACAGGACAGCAUCCAACAGCACCGAGAGUGUGGACCUGGCGCUUGAUCACCUCUCUGACAGCAGCUCCAGCGAGGCAACCCUAGGAAAGGGUGAUGGUCCUGUGUUUGAAGCAAAGAAAAAUACUCAAGGAAAAAUACUCAUUACACCGCAGAAAUGUUCCACACCACCUCUCAGUGUGAAGCCAAAACAGAGUAGUGGCGCAGUGGCUAAACCUCUCUCACGGAUACGUAGUCAGGGCAGAGGCAGGGGAAAAGGCCAUGACACGGCCCUGAAGGAGCAGCUGGCUGCCCGGGGCUUUGUGUCUGAUGUCACGGUCAAGAGGAGGGAGAAGGACUUGAUGAGCGAGCUGGAGCAGCUGAAGGCGGAGAAGUCGCUGGCGGAGGAGAAGAUACGUCAGAUGGAAGCGGAACAUCGUCACAGACAGGAGGAGAUGAAGCAGGAAGUCCAGAAACGUGCCCAGGAGAGGGAACAGGCCCUGCAGUCGGAAAUCUCCCGCUUGAAGACAGAACUGGAAUCUCGGACAUCAACGCUACAGGACAAUCAGAAGGCUGUGCAGGACCUUCAGACCCAGCUAAAUCAACUUCAGGCAGAGCAGCAGCGGAUGCAGAUGAAUGGUGGUACGCCCCAGUUGGCGGUAGCUCCCCCCACCCCCAGGAGCAGCAAAGUGUGUGUCAUAAACUGAUGUACGUCUUCACAACGCUCCCCCUCCCCAUCCCCAGGAGCAGCAAAGUGUGUGUCAUAAACUGAUGUAUGCCUUCACAACACUCCCCCCAACCCCCGGAGCAGCAAAGUUUUUGUCAUAAACUGAUGAGUGUCUUCACAACUCUCCCCCGACCCCCAGGAGCAGCAAAGUGUGUGUCAUAAACUGAUGUAUGUCUUCACAACACUCCCCCCACCCCCAGGAGCAGCAAAGAUUUUGUCAUAAACUGAUGUAUGCCUUCACAACACUCCCCCCACCCCCAGGAGCAGCAAAGUGUGUUUCAUAAACUGAUGUAUGCCUUCACAACUCUCCCCCCACCCCCAGGAGCAGCAAAGUGUGUGUCAUAAACUGAUGUAUGCCUUCACAACACUCCCCCCACCCCCAGGAGCAGCAAAGUGUGUUUCAUAAACUGAUGUUUGACUUCACAAGACUCCCCCGACCCCCAGGAGCAGCAAAGUGUGUGUCAUAAACUGAUGUAUGCCUUCACAACACUCCCCCCACCCCCAGGAGCAGCAAAGUGUGUUUCAUAAUCUGAUGUUUGUCUUCACAAGACUCCCCCGACCCCCAGGAGCAGCAAAGUGUGUGUCAUAAACUGAUGUAUGUCUUCACAACACUCCCCCCACCCCCAGGAGCAGCAAAGUGUGUGUCAUAAAAUGAUGUUUGCCUUCACAACACACAGCAGCAAAUGUGUGUGCCUGGAUCCUGUGUGGGUAGAUUCCGGAAGGUGAUUCGGUGCAGGGAACCUGUGCAGAGAAAUCCUGCAGGGUGAUCAUGUGUGGAGAGGUUCUGUGGAGUAGAUCCUGCAGGGUGAUCAUGUGUGGAGAGGUUCUGUGGAGUAGAUCCUGCAGGGUGAUCGUGUGGAGAGGUCCUUUGGAGUAGAUCCUGCAGGGUGAUCAUGUGGAGAGGUCCUGUGGAGUAGAUCCUGCAGGGUCAUCAUGUGGAGAGGUCCUGUGGAGUAGAUCCUGCAGGGUGAUCAUGUGGAGAGGUCCUGUGGAGUAGAUCCUGCAGGGUGAUUGCAUGUGGAGAGGUCCUAUGGAGGAGAUCCUGCAGAGUGAUCAUGUGUGGAGAGGUCCUGUGGAGUAGAUCCUGCAGAGUGAUUGUGUGGAGAGGUCCUGUGGAAGAGAUCCUGCAGGGUGAUUGUAUGUGGAAAGGUCCUGUGGAGGAGAUCCUGCAGGGUGAUUGUAUGUGGAGAGGUCCUGUGGAGGAGAUCCUGCAGGGUGAUCGUGUGUGGAGAGGUCCUUUGGAGUAGAUCCUGCAGGGUGAUCGUGUGUGGAGAGGUCCUGUGGAAGAGAUCCUGCAGGGUGAUUGUAUGUGGAGAGGUCCUGUGGAGGAGAUCCUGCAGGGUGAUUGUAUGUGGAGAGGUCCUGUGGAGGAGAUCCUGCAGGGUGAUCGUGUGGAGAGGUCCUGUGGAGGAGAUCCUGCAGGGUGAUCAUGUGGAGAGGUCCUGUGGAGUAGAUCCUGCAGGGUGAUCAUGUGGAGAGGUCCUGUGGAGUAGAUCCUGCAGGGUGAUCGUGUGUGGAGAGGUCCUGUGGAGUAGAUCCUUCAGGGUGAUCAUGUGGAGAGGUCCUGUGGAGUAGAUCCUGCAAGGUGAUCAUGUGGAGAGGUCCUGUGGAGUAGAUCCUGCAGGGUGAUCGUGUGGAGUUGUCCUGUGGAGUUGAUCCUGCAGGGUGAUCGUGUGGAGAGGUCCUGUGGAGUAGAUCCUGCAGGGUGAUCAUGUGGAGAGGUCCUAUGGAGGAGAUCCUGCAGAGUGAUCAUGUGUGGAGAGGUCCUGUGGAGUAGAUCCUGCAGAGUGAUCGUGUGGAGAGGUCCUGUGGAGGAGAUCCUGCAGGGUGAUUGUAUGUGGAUAGGUCCUGUGGAGGAGAUCCUGCAGGGUGAUCGUGUGUGGAGAGGACCUGUGGAGUAGAUCCUGCAGGGUGAUUGUAUGUGGAGAGGUCCUGUGGAGGAGAUCCUGCAGGGUGACUGUAUGUGGAGAGGUCCUGUGGAGGAGAUUAAUUGUGGUGCAGUGCAAGAUGAUGUCAAGCUAUAGUUCAGCAUCCUCCAUGAUCCAGUGUAUCACAUCUCCAUCAUAUUAUGUUCAAUAGUAUGGAACCAUUCACCAUCAGACAUUAGUUUUGGAAUGACACAAUGCAAAAAAUAGGCCUCCAAUAAUUCAUAAUUGAAAAAAACAUUCUUUCAGUGUGUGUUCCGGGGAGGGGAGCAGUUGGUGGGGGGUGGGGAGGGCACAGUUAUUUCCUGUUACAAAAUUGGUUGAGAGAAAAUGGCUAAAAGUUACAAAUAGUUCUGUUAAAGAAGAAAUAAAUUGACCUUAUGAAAGAAAAGAAGAUUAUUCAUAAUAAAUAUAGUUUGCACAGUACCUGCACUCAUUGAUGGUCUCAGUGAUUGUGUCAGUACAUUUUCAUCACUUCCUCAUGUCAUUGUAUGUUAUUCCACAUUAUUCCAUGUCAUUCUAUGUUAUUCUAUGUCAUUCUAUGUUAUUCCACCUUAUUCCAUGUCAUUCUAUGUUAUUCUAUAUCAUUCUAUGUUAUUCCAUGUCAUUCUAUGUUAUUCUAUGUCAUUCUAUGUUAUUCCACCUUAUUCCAUGUCAUUCUAUGUUAUUCUAUGUUAUUCCACCUUAUUCCAUGUCAUUCUAUGUUAUUUCAUGUCAUUCCAUGUCAUUCUAUGUUAUUCCACCUUAUUCCAUGUCAUUCUAUGUUAUUUCAUGUCAUUCCAUGUCAUUCUAUGUUUUUCCACCUUAUUCCAUGUCAUUCUAUGUUAUUUUAUGUCAUUCCAUGUCAUUCUAUGUUAUUCCAUGUUAUUCUAUGCUAUUCCACCUUAUUCCAUGUCAUUCUAUGUUAUUUUAUGUCAUUCCAUGUCAUUCUAUGUUAUUCUGCCUUAUUCCAUGUUAUUCUGUGCUAUUCCACCUUAUUCCAUGUCAUUCUAUGUUAUUUUAUGUCAUUCCAUGUCAUUCUAUGUUAUUCCGCCUUAUUCCAUGUUAUUCUAUGCUAUUCCACCUUAUUCCAUGUCAUUCUAUGUUAUUUCAUGUCAUUCCUUGUCAUUCCAUGCUAUAUCAUCCAGUGUUUUACCUCCUCUUACACGUGCUGCUGCUGAGUUUACAUAGAUUCUUACAAGGCCAUUGAUUGGUGUUUUAUGCAUGAAAGUAUUGAUGAUGUUAACUGUUGCACAUGGGACCACAUAUUUCCCAAAAUACCUUACUGGAAUUUAGAAACUGGACAUAUAUCUUGAUGAAUCAUUGAUUUGGGUAUUGUAAUUAUUAUCAUGUGGGAGAUUUAUUUUUUUAUAUGGUGAUCAAUCUGCUGUAUUGAGCAAAUUCAUGAACUAGUAGACAAAAAAAUGUUGUGUUAUUAAUAAGCCAGAUAUUUUCAUCUAAAGCUAAGCAGUCGCUUGAAUUUGUAAAAAGUUAAUAAAUGACUGAAUGAAAAUAGGCUUAGUAUUGUAAAUAAACAAAAAUGUAAGCCUGUCUCACAUUAUGCAUUUCUCAUUCUUCUUUUGAUCCGAAGUGGUAACAUGCCUAAACAAAGGUUUCCAGCUUCUGAAAAACAAUGCAACCGAACACACCUAGCGUCACCUCCCAUCAGUCUUGGUCAUGCAUGCUUUUCAUGCCAAUCGACCUACAUGCGCUGAACACGUGAUUUCCCCAGCCAAGUCAUUCUCUUUCUAAUCGUUAAUUUAUUGUUGUGUGUACACAACGUCCUCCAUAACCAUACAUACAUAUGGCCAUUUUGCAGUGUAGUAGCAGCUCUUUUUAAGUAUAUAAUGUGAAAGACAGAGAACAAUUAGUCUCAAUCUCCCGAAACAGAUUCAGUGGAGCGUAAAAGGAAAAAGUGGUGAAAAUUUGAUGAAUGGAUCACUGAAAAUCAGUAUAUGACACCAGGUGUUUGCAAAAAGGGUAAGCAUUUUCUGCCCUACCAGUAGCACCCACCACAACUGAACGCGUCGGGCCCGGGCCCCUCUCCACAAACCAUCGUAAACCUGCCACAGUCGUAAGUCUAUUAUGUAGUAUUGGAGUUGCAAUCACUUUGUGGAACGGACGUGUGGUUCCAUCGAGAGCAAAGCCAGCGAGUGCUCAGAUCAAUGAGCGUUCAUCUUACAUGACACACACACACUUACGUUUCUCGCUUCACGCGUGUCCGUGGUUUUAGCUUUUUCCACAUUGCAUUGUCCUUACUGAUCAUGUGACCUUGAUGUUUUUGCUGUGCCAUACACAACAGACUAAAUCAUGUUUUUACAAAUGUUUAAAAUAUGUUGAUAACCAAACCAUCAUUAGCUUAUGAGAAUCUGUAUAUUUGUGACGCUGCUAGGGAAUAGGUCUUCAGCUACUCAUGCUUGUCAUCAGAGGCGACUAACGAGAUCGGGUGGUCAGGCUCACUGACUUGGUUGAUGCAUGUUGCCGUAUCCAAAUUGCGUAGAUGGAUGCUCAUGAUGUCAAUCACUGGAUUUUCUUGUCCAGACUCGAUUAUUUACAGACCACCAUCAUAUAGCUGGAAUAUUGCCUAGUGCGGCAUUAAACAACAAACAAACUGUAUAUAUGAAUACGACGUUGUAAUAUAAUGUAAAUGUUGAAUUGCUGGUCAAUUUUAGAUUACAUAUUUGAAUUUAUUUUUGUUGAAUAUUUGAUAUGUAUUGCAAUCUACUGUAAAUUUUUAGAACAUUUUCAGUAUAAUAUUUUGAGAACUUUCUCAUUUUUGGUUUAAGUUAUAUAUUUCUCAUGUGAUAUUUUGUUCUAUCUGUUGCCAUCUGGUCAUUCAUUACAGCAUGAAAAAGGAAUGACAGUGACCGAGAGGGUGGCAGAACCUAAAUUUAUUACAACUAUUGGGGGAGUGGGGGCUGCAUGAAAAAAUUGCAGUUCUAUUUUUUCAAAAAAUAUAUUUAGAUUAGAACGUUAUUUAGAAACUGGUCAUUUAUUAUAGGGUUGAGGGUCAUUAAAAAUUGGUACAUAAAAUGUCGUCGGGCGGAGGAAUCUGCAAAAUAUGAUACAGCCCUUAGACAAAUCCCACUGCCCUUCUCCUGCCCCCACUUCCCCCCCCCCCCCCCCUAUAUAAAUGACCAGUCCCUAAAGGCAAAAUGUCAAUACUGCCAUGAUUGAGGUGUUUGGAGUUUUUUGUCAUGAUCAAAUAUGUGAUACUAUCAUAAGGUCACAAUAACGAUGGAGUCUCACUAAAAACAUCUUUUACUCAGAUGCAUUACCUCUCAGGUUGAAGAUAUGACAACCCUGAGCAUACUUGACCGCCCCAUUUUAAUGAUGGACAUCAGCUUUCUAAAUGAUUUGGCUUCAUUUUUUCACCUCCUUGAUUUGGACAUUCCAAUUUCUACAUAAGUCUACACAGAACAAAUAUUCUUUUGGGUGCAGACGCACUAAGAAAUGACAGAUUCUUUAAAUUAUUCACAACAAUAUAAUGGCAUGGCCUUAAUUAUAGACAUUUUGAAAUUGUCAUUUGGCUUGCGACUUCCUGUUGAGUUUGCCAAUAAAAGUCCAGUAUCCACCCUUGCCGAACUAGGCUUGAAUUUUCAGGCUCAAUCGUAGCACCACCAGUGGCAACUACGAGUUAUGUACCUUCUAUGUCCCUCCAAUUGACCAAUCGGAUUCUAUCUCUCGUUUGAGUUUGAUUGAACUAUGCAUAGACCUGUUAGUCCAGCCAAAAUGUCACACACACACACACACACACACACACACACGGACAUGCACAUCGCUAUAUAAGUGCAAUACUCUUGGAUUUGACGUUAAACCCCAUUUCACUGCACCGGGAACAUACACAGAUAUGUGUCGAGUGUAUUGUCUCAAUUAGCUAGCUCCAACUUAUCUUUGGGCAUCAGUUUCAUUAGGUUUUCGUGUUUAUAUAUCACUGACAGUCACAGCAUUUGUAUCAUGCAACAAUGUAUCAUUCUUAGAUUCUUUCAUUUGGAGCCUGGUUUUGCUUUUUUUAUUGGGCAAGACCAAUACAAUUACUUUUUACAGAUCUAUCUGACACUGAAAUCUAAGUCGUUUUCAAAAAAGGAAAAGGAAGCCUGUUAUGGGAAAUAAUUGUUUCAAUUAAUCUCCAAAUUAAGUUACAUUGAUCUAUGUUAAAGUGUGAUAUGGAAGCUUAAGUCAAUUUGGACUGUGGGGUAGCUUAGUGGUUAAAGCGUUUGCUUGUCACGCCGAAGACCCAUGUUUGAUUAUAAUAAUUUAUAUUUUGUCCCUCCUGCCUUCAGGCAUUUUGUGGUGUGGUGGGGAAAGCAGUAAUUAUAAUGGUCUUGCCCUUUUCUAAAUAUUUUGUACAUAUGUUGAUAGAAGUGUCCGUCCUUGUUCAAGUAUGAUCUCAGCUCUGGUGCACAUCCAUAACAGACCCGUGAAGAUCCGGGGUAGAAUAGGUCUUCAGCAACCCAUGCUUGCUGUAAAAGUCGACUAUGCUUGUCGUAAGAGACGACUAACGGGAUCGGGUGGUCAAGCUCCCUGACUUGGUUGAUGCAUGUCAUCGAUCCCAAUUGCAUGGAUCGAUGCUCAUGAUGUCAAUCACUUGACCGCCAUCAUGUAGCUGGAAUAUUGCUGAGUGCAGCGUUAAACAACAAACAAACAAAACAUCCAUAACAGAUUGAUGACGGUCUUUUGUUUUCAUGUGUUUAUCCCAUAGUUAUUUAUAUUUGUACAUAAAACUUGUUGUGCAUUAAGCUCUUUCGAGUAUCCUGUGCUGACAAUCUUAUUUGCAUAAAAGUCUAAAACCUGAA